AUAUCCCCAUGUCCCCAUAUCCCCAUAUCCCCCUGUCCCCAUAUCCCCAUGUCCCCAUGUCCCCAUAUCCCCCUGUCCCCAUAUCCCCAUGUCCCCCUGUCCCCAUAUCCCCAUGUCCCCAUAUCCCCCUGUUCCCCAUAUCCCCAUGUCCCCAUAUCCCCAUAUCCCCAUGUCCCCAUAUCCCCAUAUCCCCAUGUCCCCAUAUCCCCCUGUCCCCAUAUCCCCCUGUCCCCAUAUCCCCAUAUCCAUGUCCCCAUAUCCCCAUAUCCCCAUGUCCCCAUAUCCCCCUGUCCCCAUAUCCCCAUAUCCCCAUGUCCCCAUAUCCCCUGUCCCCAUGUCCCCAUAUCCCCAUAUCCCCCUGUCCCCAUAUCCCCCUGUCCCCAUAUCCCCAUAUCCCCCUGUCCCCAUAUCCCCAUGUCCCCCUGUCCCCAUAUCCCCAUGUCCCCAUAUCCCCAUAUCCCCAUGUCCCCAUAUCCCCAUGUCCCCAUAUCCCCAUGUCCCCAUAUCCCCUGUCCCCAUAUCCCCAUAUCCCCAUAUCCCCUAUCCCCCUGUCCCCAUAUCCCCAUGUCCCCAUGUCCCCAUAUCCCCAUGUCGCCAUAUCCCCAUGUCCCCAUAUCCCCAUAUCCCCCUGUCCCCAUAUCCCCAUGUCCCCAUAUCCCCGUGUCCCCAUGUCCCCAUAUCCCCAUAUCCCCCUGUCCCCAUAUGCCCAUAUCCCCGUGUCCCCAUAUCCCCCUGUCCCCAUAUCCCCAUAUCCCCAUGUCCCCAUAUCCCCAUGUCCCCAUAUCCCCAUAUCCCCAUGUCCCCAUAUCCCCAUGUCCCUUACUGGGGCUGUACCAGUUACUGGAGCCAUACCAGUCACUGGGGCUGUACCAGUUACUGGGGCCAUACCAGUCACUGGGGCCGUACCAGUUACCGGAGCCAUACCAGUCACUGGGGCCGUACCAGUCACUGGGGCCGUACCAGUUACUGGGGCCAUACCAGUCACUGGGGCUGUACCAGUUACCGGAGCUGUACCAGUCACUGGGGCCGUACCAGUUACUGGAGCCAUACCAGUCACUGGGGCUGUACCAGUUACUGGGGCCAUACCAGUCACUGGGGCUGUACCAGUUACUGGGGCCAUACCAGUCACUGGGGCCGUACCAGUUACCAGAGCUGUACCAGUCACUGGGGCCGUACCAGUUACUGGGGCCAUACCAGUCACUGGGGCCAUACCAGUUACCGGAGCUGUACCAGUCACUGGGGCCGUACCAGUUACUGGGGCCAUACCAGUCACUGGGGCCGUACCAGUUACCGGAGCUGUACCAGUCACUGGGGCCGUACCAGUUACUGGGGCCAUACCAGUCACUGGGGCCGUACCAGUUACCGGAGCUGUACCAGUCACUGGGGCCGUACCAGUUCCCCGUCACCGCACCAGCUCACCAUCACGUUGCCAUUUCCCUGGUGCUGUGCAGCCCCAGUGACCCCCAGUGA